AUGCCGCCGCCACCUCCUUCUCCUCCCAUCCGCCGCCGCCGGCCCCCACGACCACGCAACCGUCGCCGCCCCUUGCUCCUCCCCCCCACGCCAUCGCCGCCCCGUGCUCCUCCCCGCCGGCCCCCACGACCACGCAGCACCGUCACCGCCCCGGCCGUGCUCCUCCCCCACGCCGUCGCCACCCCUUGCUCCUCCCCUGCUGGCCCCGCGUGCCCCUUGCCGUCGCCGCCCCUUUGCUCCUCCCCCACGCCGUCGCCGCCCGUUGCUCCUCCCCUGCCGGCCCCGCGCGCCCCUUGCCGUCGCCGCCCCUUGCUCCUCCCCCACGCCGUUGCCGCCCCUUGCUCCCCCCUUGCCAGCCCCAUCCUCCGUAGCUGCUCCUCCAUCGAGGGAGGGUGUCCCCUCCACCAAGCUCGGUCGGGAGGAUCUUGGCCGGCUUUCCGCCGCCUCGGCCGCUCCCCUCCUCCGGCCACCAAGCCCGCAGUUUGGGAAGCGCCGGCGGAGCACCAGUACGUUGCAGCUGUGGAGAGGCUGAGGCCACGUGAUAAGAGGCCAUAUCAGCGUGGGAAAACACAGCUCCCCUCGCUGAAGGACUGGCGCUACAGCCAUGUUGUUCUAGAGCCCGCUGGGAGGAGUUCGUUCAAGUUUGAAGACCCGUCGCAGAGGCCGCCACGUGGGUACGCGAACAUCCUUGGGGGCCUACUUAGAAGGUAUUUCCCUGGGCUAGUCGAUCUCCCUACCAGUGGCCGCGACGUAGCUUGGAGGUGGGCGCACUACAGUCUCGCGCCAGAUCCUCUUGGCCGCGGCAGCAUGGCGGACGUGGUUGUUGGCAAAUUCUGGUUACGUGACUUUUGA